AUGGCAAAAAACCCUACAAUAGUAAAUGGUUUAAAAAACGCGGUAGAACAAGACGUUGCAACUUUUAUUUUCCCAGGACACAACAGAGGUCAAGCAGCACCAUCAUCAAUAACUCAACUCAUUGGCAAAACACCAUUCCUCCAUGACAUAGCCGAGUUAGACAACCUUAGUAACCCGGAAGGCCCAUUUUUGGAAGCACAAAACCAAGCAGCCGAGGUUUUCGGGGCGUCGAAAACAUGGUUUCUUGUAGGAGGUACAACUUGUGGAAUUCAUGCUGCUAUAAUGGGUGCUUGUAAUCCUGGAGACACCUUAAUUAUUCCUCGCAAUUCACAUAAAUCAGCUACAUCUGCAAUGGUUUUAUCUAGAUUGGUUCCAAAGUAUAUAUUGAAGGAAUUAUAUUCCGUGGUUUUCUCAUUGCUAUUCACUGUGAUUAUAUACGCAUUACAAGACUUACCUCAAGCCUACAAUUAA